CGGAGCCAUGCGAGCCGCUGUCCUGAAAGUGUGGGGAAGCGAGCGGCGGGCCCACAGGACUGUCCAGGGGCUUCCCCGGCACCAGUCGAUGCUGCCAGUGGUGCUCACCCAGCCCCGGCCACCAGGAUGUCCCAGCUCUCCUCCACCCUGAAGCGCUACGUGGACUCGUCCCGCUACGCAGAGACCACCUACAGCAAGACCCCCAGCUAUGGCUCCUACUCCUAUGGCUCCAACCUUGCCACCUCCUACCCAGACAAGGACAAAAUCGGCUUUAAAUUUGGCCCCACUGGCACCUACAUGGCCCCUAGCCAUCUCCGUGCCACGGGCUCCUCCCCGACCAGCUAUGACCCGGGCCGGCUGUCCCUGCACUCCGACCCCAGCAUCCGGCUGAACCUGGGCUACAGGCACGUGCCAGGGCGACCAGUGGGUACCAGCGGCCUAAACGGGGGAUCCUGCUACUCCUAUGCUGGCUCGCCCAGCAGCCCCACCAGCUACAUCCCAGCGCCGGCCUCCCUGAGCCGCAAGAAGUCCAGCAGCCACUCGGACCUGGCGCGAGAGUUUGCAGGGCUGCACAUGUCCGAGUCGUACCGAGUGGACUCUCCUGCCCGCAGCCCCGUCGUCGCCCGCAACCGGCCGGAGCUGUGCGCCCUGCAGAGUCUCUACCAGGCCGCCAGCCGCUCGGAGUACGUUCAGGAGUACCUGCAGUCCUACAGCCGCAAGGGCGGCCGCCCCCUCGCCAGCCCUCACCCCUCGGCCCAGGAGAUUAUCACACCCACCCUGCGCACCCCCAGCCACUGCUUGAGCCAGCCCUGGGAGCGCAGCCAGAGCCGCACCGACUUACCUGCCAGGGAUGCUUCGAACUCCAAGACGGUGCAGGGUCUGACCGGCCUCCGCAACCUGGGCAACACGUGCUUCAUGAACUCCAUCCUGCAGUGCCUGAGCAACACACGGGAGCUGCGGGACUACUGCCUGCAGAGCCAGUACUUGCGGGACCUCAACAACACCAGCCGCAUGCACACAGCCCUCAUGUCAGAGUUUGCAAAGCUGCUCCAGCUGCUCUGGACCUCGCCGCCCAAUGAUGCCGUGAGCCCCUCGGAGUUCAAGACACAGAUCCAGAGAUACGCCCCCCGCUUCGUGGGCUACAACCAGCAGGAUGCCCAGGAGUUCCUGCGCUUCCUCCUCGACGGGCUGCACAGCGAGGUCAACCGGGUGCUGGUUCGGCCCCGCGCCAGUGCCGACAACCUGGAUCACCUCCCGGAUGAGGAGAAAGGGAGGCAGAUGUGGAGGCGGUACCAAGAGCGGGAGGACAGCCGGAUUGGGGAUCUUUUUGUGGGACAGCUGAAGAGCUCCCUGACCUGCAGCGAGUGCGGCUACUGCUCCACGGCCUUCGACCCCUUCUGGGACCUGUCCCUGCCCAUCCCCAAGAAGGGCUACGGGGAAGUGACCCUCAUGGACUGCCUGCGCCUCUUCACCAAGGAGGACGUGCUGGACGGGGAUGAGAAACCGACAUGCUGUCGCUGCAAGGCCCGGACGAGGUGCACCAAGAAGUUCAGCAUCCAGAAGUUCCCCAAGAUCCUGGUGCUCCACCUGAAGCGCUUCUCGGAGGCCAGGAUACGCACCAGCAAGCUCACCACCUUCGUCAACUUCCCGCUUAGGGACCUGGACCUGCGGGAGUUCGCAGCACAGAGCUGCAACCAUGCUGUUUACAACCUGUAUGCCGUGUCGAACCACUCCGGGACCACCAUGGGGGGACACUACACAGCCUACUGCAGGAGCCCCGUGUCCGGCGAGUGGCACACCUUCAAUGACUCCCGCGUCACCCCGAUGUCCUCCAGCCACGUGCGAGGCAGCGAUGCCUACCUGCUCUUCUACGAGCUGGCCAGCCCGUCUUCCCGUAUGUAGCUCCUGCCGCCCAGCCCCGGAGCCUGGUGCCCGUGGGGCAGAGAGGACAGGACCACGCCUUGGGGGGCAGGUGCACAGGGCCCUGCCCCAGGCCAGAAGAGAUGGCAAGGCUGCCCUUGGCAUGACAUCUAAGGGGGUUCCCAGCAUUGGCUGAGCGAGGAGGAGCAGAGCUGGCACUGAGGAGCUGGAGUUACGGCCUCGCCGUUGGCAGGGGCUGACGUUUAGCUUCGUUUGUUCCCUUUGGUGUGUAAUAAAAUGCUGAGCAGCGA